AUGGUGCGCCUGACCACGGAUCUGUUCGCCGAACGUCCUCAAUUCGUGAAUUCGAUAAACAUGCGUGAGAUAAAUCUUCGCGGUCAAAAGAUUCCGGUAAUCGAGAAUAUGGGCGUGACCAGGGAUCAGUUCGACGUCAUCGAUCUCACCGAUAACGAUAUCCGGAAGUUGGAUAACUUCCCGACGUUCUCGCGGCUCAACACACUGUAUUUGCAUAACAAUCGCAUCAACUACAUCUCUCCGGACAUUGCCUCAAAACUUCCGAAUCUGAAAACGCUCGCUCUGACAAACAACAACAUCUGCGAACUCGGUGACAUCGAUCCACUGUCCGAGUGCAAGAAGCUGGAAUACGUCACAUUCAUCGGAAAUCCGAUAACUCAUAAGGAGAAUUACAGAUUGUAUAUCAUAUAUAGACUGCCCUCAGUUCGAGUCAUUGAUUUCAAUCGUGUCCGAUUGACAGAGCGUGACGCGGCGAAGAAAAUGUUCAAAGGGAAGAGCGGAAAGAAGGCUCGUGACGCGAUUCAGAAGUCUGUUCACACAGAAGAUCCAUCAGAAGUCGAGGUGAAUGGAAAUGGCGCCGCAGGUGCGCCAGGCGCCAAAUUGACUGAUGAGGAUCGUGACAAGAUCAAGGAGGCGAUCAAGAAUGCGAAAUCGUUGAGUGAAGUCAACUAUCUUCAAUCGAUUCUCGCUUCUGGAAAGAUUCCAGAGAAGGGAUGGAAUCGUCAGAUGGAUCAGUCAAGUGUCGAGGAGCACAUGGAGCCGUGA